AUGUUGGCAAUCGAAGGAACCAUGCCGCUAAACAACAAAGACAAUCCCGACCUCCAAAUCACCUUCAGCCAGGCGGACAUCAGCUCGGCAGCACCAAACUUAGAUGACCCAGUGGUACUAUCUAUCCAAACAGGUGAACUAUUGGUAAGAAAAGUCCUCCUGGACCCAGGUAGUAGUGCAGAUGUACUUUUCUAUUCUACCUUUUUAAAAAUGAACUUAUCCGAAAAACUCUUACAACCCUCGUCCGGGGAGCUAGUAGGUUUCUCCGGAGAAAGGGUCCCCAUCAAGGGAUACAUAUGGCUAAAAACAACCUUAGGAGAGAACUCAUUAUCAAAAACUAUUGACUUACAAUACCUGAUAGUUGACUGCCCCAGUCCUUACAAUGUUAUCCUCGGAAGACCCACUCUGAACAUGUUCAGGGCAGUAGUAUCCACUUACCAUCUAUGUGUUAAGUUUCAGGCACAGGACGGACAUAUAGUGACACUCCACUCAGACCGACAACAAGCUCGGCAAUGUUACAACGCGAGUCUAAAAAGAUCGGCCUCGGGAAAAGAACACCAAGAGGUCAGAGAUACUCACAACACACACGAGGUAUUAUCUCUCGCAGAGCUCGACCCGAGGGAGGACACUCAAGAAAGACCUCAGCCGGCAGACGAGCUCCAGGAAGUCUCGCUGAUGGCAAAGACAGGACAGGUCACAUACAUCGGCCAAGCCCUCCAAGGAGAAGAAAGGUCGGAACUUAUCAAAAUACUAAAAGAUAACGCCGACCUAUUUGCAUGGACCUCAGCAGACAUGCCCGGCAUAAACCCUAACAUCAUAUGUCACAAGCUCGCCACAAACAACUCUGCUCGACCUAUAGCUCAAAAGAAAAGGAACCUCGGAGCAGAGAAAUCAAAAGCGGUCCUUAAAGAAACUGGAAAGCUCCUUAAAGCUAAUUUCAUCAAAGAGAUUCGAUUCACAACAUGGUUAUCAAACGUCGUAAUGCUUGUAGACAAUGCAUCAGGUUUCAAAAGCUUAAGCUUCAUGGAUGCAUACUCUGGCUACAACCAGAUCCUUAUGCAUCCGGAAGAUCAAAGCAAAACAACAUUUACAACUGAACAUGGAAAUUUUUGUUACAAAGUAAUGCCAUUUGACCUAAAGAAUGCAGGUGCAACCUACCAACGACUGAUGGACAAAGUAUUCCACAAUCAAAUAGGUCGGAGUAUGGAGAUCUACGUGGAUGACAUGGUCGCCAAGACCACUCAAGGGAUGUCACACUGUGACGAUCUCAGGGAGAUAUUCGAACAAGUCCGAACAUACAACAUGAGACUCAACCCAGAGAAGUGUGCUUUCGGAGUACAAGGGGGGAAAUUCCUCGGAUUCAUGCUGACCUCACGCGGAAUUGAAGCAAACCCUGAAAAAUGUAGAGCAAUACUUGAUAUGACAAGCCCCAAAAUGAAGAAAGAAGUACAACAACUGGCAGGGAGAAUAGCGGCAUUAUCUCGAUUUUUACCAGCAGUAUCAAGCCGAUCAUAUCAUUUCUUCCAAACCAUAUCAAAGGCCAAGAAAUUUCAAUGGACCGAGGAAUGCGAGAAAGCAUUUGGCGAACUUAAAACCAUUCUAUCAACACCACCAGUGCUACAAAAACCAGAAGUCGGUAAACCCCUAUACCUAUACUUGUCAGUUUCUAAUUAUUCUAUAAGCUCGGCUCUUGUCACAGAAGCAGGAAAAAUACAACGACCAGUAUACUUCGUUAGCAGAGUUAUGCAAUCAACGGAGCAAAAAUAUCCAAAAAUUGAACAACUGGCCCUGGCGCUGGUAAUAACGGCAAGAAGGCUAAGACCAUACUUCCAAAGCCACACGAUUAUAGUAAGGACAAAUCAACCACUAAGGUGGAUACUAACAAAACCAGAACUCGCCGGACGUAUGAUCAAAUGGUCCAUAGAACUUUCAGAGUUUGACAUCCAGUUUCAACCAAGGUCGGCACUUAAAGCACAGAUCCUUGCAGAUUUCAUUUCCGAGCUAACUCCUGACCAGAACAACAGGCCAUGGGAAUUACAUGUAGACGGAGCGUCUAGCCGAAGAGGAAGCGGGGCUGGUAUAAUCUUAAAACAAGGAGACGAAGUAAUAGCCGAACAGUCCCUCCAAUUCAACUUCCCGGCAAGCAAUAACGAUGCAGAGUAUGAGGCCCUCAUAACAGGACUCAAGCUCGCCCUGAACCUUCAAGUUCAAAGCCUGACAGCACAUUGCGACUCCCUCCUGGUGGUACAACAAAUUCGAGGAGAAUUCCAGGUAAAAGAUCCUUUACUAGAGCGAUAUUGGCUCAUGGCAAAGGAUCUUAUUUCAAAAUUCAAUUCAUUUAUCAUAUUGCACGUAAAUAGAGAAAAAAACUUUAGAGCGGAUAUUCUAUCUAAGCUCGCCGCCACUAGGGCGGACACACAAACUUCAACGUUAUCCCAACUCACACUUGAAAAGCCUAGCAUUGAGCCAUUAUCAGUUACAAACAUUACUCACCUCCGAGAUUGGAGAACUCCUUUUCUUGAAUAUAUCAAUACAGGUACCAUACCCAAAGACAAGCUCAACCCACAAAACUUCAGAAGAAGGGCCAGCCUUUACACAAAGGUGGCAGGAGAGCUAUACAGGCGCGGUUUCUCACAACCGUUGCUGAAAUGCCUAAACAAAAAAGAAGCAAAAGAGGUAAUGGAUGAAAUCCACGAGGGAAAACUUUCAGCUAUAUCUACAAAGCCGGCCGAGAUGUUACACAGCAUGGAGGUAAGCUGGCCGUUCCAUAGAUGGGGACUCGACAUCCUCGGCCCUUUUCCAGUAGCUCCAGGCCAGGUAAAAUUUCUUUUGGUAGCAAUAGACUAUUUCUCAAAAUGGAUAGAAGCCCAACCAUUAGCAAGAAUAACGACCGAGAAGCAUCAUUUUAGCUCGGUGGAACACCCACAAACUAAUGGGCAAGCCGAGGCUGCUAACCGAGUUAUAUUACAGGCCAUAAAGAGAAAGCUCAAUAACGCAAAAGGAGAAUGGGCAGACCUCAUCCCAGAAGUACUAUGGAGCUACAAUACAACAAUACAGAGUACCAUGGGGGAAACACCCUUCAAGUUAGUCUACGGGUCUGAAGCGUUAAUUCCCGUAGAGGUCGGCAUCCCAACUUUGAGAGCCGAACUAUAUGAUGAACAACAAAACGAGGAUAGAAGAAAUGCCGAACUCGAUCUAACUGAAAAAGAAAGGGAGAUCGCCGCUAUCAGACAAAGGGCAAAAAAGCAAUUAGCCGAGAUAAAGCACAAUAAAAGAGUACAUCCGAGGACAUUCACAAUUGGAGAUCUUGUGCUCAGACGAACAGAAGAAGCAAGACGACCUCCCACACAUGGCAAACUCGCCGCAAACUGGGAAGGACUUUUCCAAAUAACAAAAGUACUCGGAUUGGGGGCUUACCAACUUCAAACACUGCAAGGCAAUACAAUACCAGGAAAUUGGAAUGUCUCUUCAUUAAAAGUGUAUAGGUCAUGA